AUGUGCUACACUUUUCUCGAAUACAAGUACUGCGCACAAGGCGCCCGCUGUCGCGGCGGCUAUGGCUGGGUCAAUCGCCAGGGUCAAUCCUACGCCAAAUCCUACGCACAGUUCUUGCGCACUCGUCGUUGCUACAACGCUGAGCGCGGCCAUGACUGCCGCCAAAGAAGGUCUUUGGGACCUGGCUCCGAAAUCAAGACCAGCGAGGAGACUUGCCUUGCUUGCCGACUCUGGUAA